UGGUGUUGUUCCAAGUUUGAAUGGAGGGUCUGUUGGGUCUGCCUCUACUACUAGUCAUCUACUAAUACUAUUCCAAGUUCCAACUCCAUAGUCUCAACUCUCCUCUCUUGGAGAGAUGGGUUGUGGGUCUCUGAGAAACAAAUAUUAAAUUUUGUGUUAUCUGCUUUUUAUGCUAAUCACUAACAUCUGAGGUUCUCUCUCUCUCAGUGGUCGAGCUGUUUGAUCUGCUUUGUCUAUUAGGCGAAUUCACCAACAAAAGUUGUUGCUUUGUGGGUGUUUAUGUGUUCGUCUCAGAGAGAGAGAGAGAGAGAAUGGGAAGAUAAAAGGCGAGUUUUUUUUUCAGGAAGUACUGAGUUGAAAGGGGAUGGUUUAUACUGACAAACAGCAAAAGAAGGGGCCAUGAUUCUCCUGUGGGGCUCAAACUGUAGAUCUCGAGAAGGCCACAGAAGAGAUAGAUAGAGAGAGUAGGGGGACAUUUAGGCAGGGAAACACAGAGAGAGAGAGAGUGGGAGAUAAAUAAGUGGGUUUGCUUGAGUUUCAGGUAUUUCUUCAUGGAUUUGAAGAGAAUCUUAGAGAAGUUCAUGUCCAGAAAGCUUCUUUUCUACUUAGCUUCACUCUGUUUCUUCUCUGUUUGCGCUCUGGUCAGCACCAACGCCAGCAAGUCUCUCUGUUUAGAUAUCACUAAUGGAACUCAAUUGGGUAGAGCAGCCAAACAUAAUUCUCAGGAAUUUGGUAGCAGAAUAGCUGUGAAAGAAGGUGAAGGCAAAUGGGAACGCUCUAUGAUCAGCUUUACAAGGAGAUACCUGAGAGUUGUUGGAUCGUCGCCGCCACGAUGUAUGUCGAAAUGCGGCAAAUGUACACCAUGUAAGCCGGUUCAUGUGCCGGUUCCACCGGGAACACCAGUGACGACAGAGUAUUAUCCAGAAGCUUGGAGGUGCAAAUGUGGGAACAAAUUGUUCAUGCCUUAGAGACCUAACGUCUUGAUCCAAAAUUUGAAUUUGUGACAUCGCCAAAUUGGAUGCUCUGCUUUUGUUUAUAUGUAAUAGAUUGCAAGAAAAUUACUGCCUACCUAUGUGGUCUUGUCUUGGACUACAAUCUUCAUGUAUGGGUUUGUAGAAGUUAUAUUGACUAUGCAAGAGAUGAAAGAUUCUUGUGUUAGUGAUGUUGAGAAUGUACAACUUCCAGUUUAUAUAUUUAAGAAAGAAAAGAUGAUAUAUGAUGAGUAAGUUUCUUGA